UUCAACAACAACAUCUAUGCCCAAACCACUUUAACAUAAAAUCACAAAACCUAUAUCUUUAUUAUUAUUAUUAUUAUUAUUAUUAUUAUUAUUGCUAUUAUUAUCACAUGAACUAGAAAUGACUUCUCUUCAAUUCCACCGAUUCAACCCAGCAACCGAUACAUCCACCGCCAUCGCAAACGGCGUCAACUGUCCGAAGCCACCGUCAACGCUCCGUUUAUUGGCGAAAGUAGGCCUUAGCGUGCCGGAGACGGUUGCUCGGCACCACGCGCACCCGGUGGGGCCCAACCAGUGCUGCUCCGUCGUGAUCCAGGCGAUCGAUGCACCGGUCUCCGCCGUCUGGCCGGUGGUGCGGCGCUUCGACAACCCGCAGGCCUACAAGCACUUCGUGAAGAGCUGCCACGUGGUCGCCGCAGCAGGCGGCGGCGAGGACGGCAUUCGCGUCGGCGCGCUCCGGGAGGUACGCGUGGUCUCCGGGCUCCCCGCCGUGUCGAGCACCGAGCGGCUCGAGAUCCUCGACGACGAGCGCCACGUCAUGAGCUUCAGCGUCGUCGGCGGCGACCACCGCCUAAGGAACUACCGCUCCGUCACGACGCUCCACGGCGACGGCAACGGAGGGACAGUUGUAAUCGAGUCGUACGUGGUUGACGUACCGCCCGGUAACACUAAAGAAGAGACUUGCGUUUUCGUUGACACAAUCGUACGGUGCAAUUUGCAGUCCCUGGCUCAGAUCGCUGAAACCUGAAAAUAUGGCAAGCCAACAACACUCAACAUUUUAUUUUCUCCGUUAGUUUUUUUGGUUAUUGCCUUGGGUGUUUUUUUGUUUCGAAUACGGGUUCGGGUUCGAAAUUGAUGAUUACAGACACCAUUAGGAUUUGUUUUUGGAGGACUUAUCAAGGUCAGACGACAAUGGUUGAAAUGAAGAAUGUGACAUAUAAUAUAUGGUAUAUGAUUCAUGUAUAUAUACAUAUAAUAUAUGUAGUUCUUUCUAUCUACCUCUCUUUUAUUUUUUCCAUUCUAAUAGCUGUUGAGUCUGAUCGAAUCUAUUGUUCUUGUAUCCGUGGUCAAUUUAUCAUUAAUUCAUCUUGUUUGUGACUCUGUAAUGUAGUAGAGAAUGUUUCUAUUUGAAUUAAUACCAUACAUAUGUUGUUAUUAGCUAUAGGACCAAAUUAGUUUACAACUUGUCCUGAUUUUCCUCCCUUCA